AUGUCGCGUUCGCCGCAAAGAGAUGCCGUUGAGGCUUUGGAGCAGACAGGAGGAGAAGUUGAAGAGCAGGAUUUGGAGAAGAACGAUGAGCCUGCGAGUACAGAAUACCUAGAGGUACCGAGGCCGAGAAGAAGAGUCAGUCGGCAUGCCAGCGACCACAGCAGUGUUCACGAUGACCUCGAGAAAGUCGCUUCGGCGGCAACUACUAUAGGCAGUCAUGCCUCAGAAAUGACGGAGGCAACAGAAAUAACAACAACUGCAAGCAAAUCUCAAGAGCCAGAAAAACAAUCAUGGCACCACAGGAUAAAUCCUUUGAGACGUGGCAAACCACCUCCCAUACCGAAGGAGCGCAUAGUGUCUCGAGAAUAUAAUGCGGGCUUCUUCAGCAUUUUGACUUUUCAAUGGGUCAAUCCCCUGAUGACGGCUGGUUAUAGGAGAACAAUCGAAUUGAACGACAUCUGGCUAGUCAACCCGAACAGAAGCUCUGAGGUCAUGGCCACAAAACUGAUGGAGUCUUUCAAGCGGCGAGCAGCUCGAAACGAGAAGAGGCCGCUGAUGUGGGCUCUAUACGAUACACUAGGUCCCGAAUUCGUUUUCGGAGGUAUGUGUGCAUUGUUCUCUGCCUUAUUCCAGGUCUUUUCGCCCUUCACGACCAGAUAUCUGAUACAGUACUCGACCGAACGUUACAACGCCACUCAGAACGGCACACCCGAGCCAGACUUAGGUCGUGGUAUCGGCUUGGCACUAGGUAUCACAUUCAUGCAAAUUUGCCAGAGUACAGCCACCAACCAUUUCAUAUAUCGAGGUAUGAUGGUUGGUGGUGAAGCAAGAGCAGUUCUGAUUAAUGCUAUCUUCGAGAAGACUUUGAUAAUCUCUGGUCGUGCAAAGGCUGGAGGCAGAGCCUUACCUCAAGAACAUGCUUCGAAUGGCGUCCCUUCUGCUCCAGAAGAAAGGUCCAGACCAGUUCUGGCACGCAAAAUUUCCAGUGCAUUGCAUCCCAAAACUGGACCGAAGUCUACACCUGACAAAGGUCAUGGAAUAUCUGGUGAUGGUACUGGCUGGAAUAAUGGAAAGAUAGUUAACUUGAUGAGUGUCGAUACAUACCGUGUUGAUCAAGUGUCCGGCUUAUUUCAUAUCCUCUGGACUUCGCCAAUCCAAAUUGCUAUCGUCCUGGUCGUCCUUUGCAUAAACAUCGGAUACAGCGCGUUGGCAGGUUACGCCCUUUUGGCGCUGAUGAUGCCACUCCUUACUAAGGCCAUCAAAGCACUCUUCGUCCGCAGGAAAGGCAUCAACAAAGUUACUGAUCAGCGAGUCACGCUCACCCAGGAAAUCCUUGGCGCAGUACGCUUCGUCAAGUUCUUUGGUUGGGAAUCGAGCUUUUUGGCAAGGCUAAAGGAAAUACGCAGACGAGAGAUCAGGAUGAUUCAGACCCUCCUCGCCAUCAGGAACGCAAUCAAUGCUCUAUCGAUGUCGAUGCCUGUUUUUGCAUCUAUGAUUGCUUUCAUCGUCUACUCGGUCACUGGUCACAACGUGUCAUCCGCGUCCAGGAUUUUCUCCUCACUCGCAUUGUUCAACUCUCUACGAAUGCCAUUGAACUUGUUGCCACUAGUCAUUGGCCAAGCCACUGACGCAUCCGCUUCCCUCAACCGAAUACAGGAGUUCCUGUUAUCUGAGGAGCAGACCGACGAGAUAAUCUGGGACGAUGAGAUGCCGAAGAACGCGGUCGAGGUCGAGGACGCCUCCUUCACUUGGGAACGCACAGCAACCCAGGAUGGCAAUGGUCCAGGAGGUAAAGGUCCACCUAACAAAAUGCAGAUGAAGAUGGCAAAGAAAGCCGCGAAGGAAAAGGCUAAAGAAGAUGCUAGAGAGGCGAAAGCAGCGAAAAAGGAAGCCAAGAAGAACCCGCAACCUUCUCGAGAGUUUUCGCCUGCGUCGUCCUCAGAUGCGCUGAGCAAUGAUACUGCGGUAGAGCCAUUCAGACUUUCUGGUAUCAGCUUCAAUGUUGGACGAAACGAGCUGUUGGCAGUCAUCGGAACAGUUGGCUCGGGGAAGACAAGCUUGCUGGCAGCACUGGCCGGAGAUAUGAGGAAGACUGAUGGUCAAAUCAAGAUGGCUGGUUCGAGAGCUUUCUGUCCUCAAUACGCUUGGAUCCAGAAUGCAUCCCUAAAAGAGAAUAUUCUAUUCGGCAAGCCCUACAAGUCGAAGUGGUACAACAACGUAAUAGAUGCCUGCGCUUUGAGGCCUGAUCUUGCUAUCCUUCCUGCAGGCGAUCUUACAGAAAUCGGUGAACGAGGGAUUACACUAUCAGGAGGUCAGAAGCAGCGCCUUAACAUUGCUCGUGCGAUCUAUUUCGAUGCUGACAUUGUACUCAUGGACGAUCCUCUCUCAGCCGUGGAUGCUCAUGUAGGCAGGCACAUCAUGGACGAGGCCAUCUGUGGUAUAAUGAAGGACAAAUGUCGUAUACUUGCCACGCAUCAGCUGCACGUUCUCAACAGAUGUGACCGAAUCAUAUGGAUGGAGGAAGGUCACAUUCAAGCAAUCGACACAUACGAUAACCUCAUGGCCAACAGUGAAAGCUUCCAAAAACUUAUGGCUAGCACAUCACAAGAAGACGAGACAGAAAAGAAGGAAGUAAUCGAGGUUCCUGAGGCUACCAAGGAAGAUAAGAGGGGUAAAAGCAAGAAAAAGGCACAAGCACUCAUGCAAGUCGAGGAACGUGCAACCAAGUCUGUCAGCUGGGAAGUCUGGGGAGCAUAUAUUGGUGCUUCUGGUCGUGGAUUCCUCUGGCCGUUCAUUUUUAUCGCUCUUGUCGCUUCGCAAGGUGCCAAUAUUGCUACUAGCUUGUGGCUCAGUUACUGGGUCAGCAACAAGUUCAAUGCUGGCCGUGGAUUCUACAUUGGCAUAUACGCGAUGCUGGGUGUGGUCCAAGUGAUCCUCAUGUUUACCUUUGCUACACUUUUGUCAACAAGUGGCACGAAUUCCAGCAAGGUCAUGCUGCAAAGAGCGAUGGAGAGUGUUCUCCGCGCACCUAUGUUCUUCUUCGACACGACACCACUCGGUCGAAUCACAAACCGGUUCUCGAAAGACGUCGAUUCCAUGGACAACAGUUUGACGGAUGCGAUGAGGAUGUAUUUCCUCACACUGGCUAUGAUCAUUUCUGUCUUUGCGCUGAUUAUCGCUUUCUAUCACUAUUUCGCUGUGGCAUUGGUACCACUUCUGGUUAUCUUCCUCUUCGCAUCGAGCUACUACCGGGCUUCUGCACGAGAACUCAAGCGCCACGAGUCAGUUCUGCGGUCUGUUGUUUUUGCACGCUUCUCGGAGUCCGUCUCCGGAGUUGCAUCCAUCAGAGCAUAUGGAUUACAAAAAUAUUUCACAGAACGAAUUCGAGAUGCGGUAGAUCAGAUGGACUCGGCUUAUUUCUUGACAUUUGCAAACCAGCGGUGGCUCUCGACAAGACUCGAUCUGAUCGGCAAUCUCUUGGUACUUACGACUGGUAUCUUAGUUGUUACUGGUGGCUUUAACGUCAACCCGGCUAUCGCGGGUCUCGUGCUUUCCUACAUCUUGGCUAUUGUGCAGAUGAUUCAGUUCACAGUCCGGCAGUUGGCAGAGGUAGAGAACAAUAUGAAUGCAACCGAACGAUUACAUUAUUACGGAUCUCAAUUGGAGCAAGAAGCACCAUUAAAAUUGAAGGAGGUUCCAGACAGUUGGCCACAGUCUGGUGCAAUUGAUUUCAAGGAUGUUGAGAUGAGAUACCGUCCAGAGCUGCCUUUGGUUUUGCAGGGACUAAGUUUCCAGAUCCGAGGAGGAGAGCGGGUAGGUAUUGUUGGAAGAACAGGUGCUGGUAAGAGCAGUAUUAUGUCAGCACUAUUCCGACUCAGUGAACUUUCUGGUGGUCAGAUCAGGAUAGACGACGUCAACAUUGCAGAGAUUGGAUUGCAGGACCUGCGAUCAAGGUUAGCAAUUAUACCUCAAGACCCAACAUUGUUCCGAGGAACAAUUCGGUCUAACCUCGAUCCAUUCAAUGAGCACUCCGACCUCGCAUUGUGGGACGCUCUUCGCAAGGCCGACUUGGUUGGCAAUGAACAAGGUCCUGUGGAUGAAAAAGCUCCUCAGACACCAACGACGCCUACAGCCGAAAAGACGACACGCAUUCACCUAGACAGCCCAGUGGAGGAAGAGGGUCUCAACUUCUCCCUUGGUCAACGACAACUUAUGGCUCUUGCACGAGCGCUUGUGCGUAACGCGCAGAUCAUUGUUUGUGACGAGGCCACAUCGUCUGUGGAUUUUGAAACCGACGAGAAGAUCCAGCGCACAAUGCGACUUGGGUUUUCUGGGAAGACGGUGCUGUGCAUUGCGCAUCGCUUGAAGACCAUCAUCAAUUAUGACCGAAUUUGUGUGAUGGAUCAAGGACGAAUCGCAGAAUUGGACACGCCGAUCAAUCUAUUUGAGCAGGGAGGCAUCUUUAGGGGUAUGUGCGAUAAGAGCCAUAUUGUAAGAGACGACUUCUUCAGAGAUUAG